ACUGCCUAGGCAGGGGUUAGUGGUCAGACGAUAUAAUGACAUGACUGAACAGGGUGGAGCAGAGAAACGUUGCUUCAGGCAUGCAAAUCCUGUGCUGAAGGAUAAUAUGUAACUUAAUUACCUGUAAAUACUAAUUUCGUCUUCGACUAAAAUCCACCGGCAGCAGAAGAUUUAUUAAACCCGCCGACUCGGGACGUUUGUUGGGACCUUGUUGGGACAUAUUGGUUUUUAUUCCAAUGGCGAGCUGGAAGAAUCACGUGCGUGCCCAGCUGCAGCAGAGAGACCAAACUGAGAAAGUCCCGUUCGUUGGCGUCUUCACAAGCUUGGCUCGGUUGGAGGAACGUUUUGAAGUUCGCAAACAAAUUGUGAAUGAUGUUCGCUCCAAGAGUUUGGAAACGGGUGGAUUUGAAGUUGGGAAAAACACCAGACUCCUUCAACUCCAGCUGAGAGAGAGUGAACACCUCGAGGAAAAGCUGUCUCAGACCGUCUCCGACCUGACCGCUGUCCUGUCUCUGAAAGAGGCUGAGCUGCAGCAUUGGCAGUCACGAGUGUCCCGCUACCGCCGAGAGGCUCUGGCUCUGGCUAAAGGGAGCAGCGCCCUGAAGGCAGCGCUUUCAGAGCUUGAGCACACCGUCGAGUGUCAAUCCAAGGAGUUGGCAGGCCUGCAGGCGGCGCAGACAGGGCUGCACGCGGCGUUGGCGCAGGCUUGGAGAGAGAAUGAAGACCUGCUGCGGCGAUGGUUGCAGGAGAAAGGGGAGGUGGCCGACCGGUUAAAUGAAUACAACCAAACACAGGAAAGAUGGCAACGGUUGGCCAAACCGCUGAAGAAGCACUUCCAUAAAGAGAGGAGAAGAGAGGAUGUUCCCCUGGUGACGAGCUCUCGGAGUGGCAAAACGCAGACACCUUCAUCAGUCAUUCCGAGGUUUACUAAUUCAAAGGAUAUUUUCCAGGGUCACUAAGACCACAACCACAUCUGAGAGGCAGCUGAGGUCUAAUAUUCACUUUGGAUCCUGGAGACGAAAGUUCUUGACCCAAAGGUUGCAUCCAAGUGCAUUUCCGAUCACUCUAUUCUUUAUUUAAAUGUGUUUGGAAAAAACAAUUUUCAUGUAUUUGGUUCCAGAAAGAUAACUUUGAAAGUAGAAGGGUUGGUUUCUCCUCUGUUCUUUAAAUCUAAAGAUGUAUUUCAUUUCUACAUUUGCUGAUUUGUAAUGACUCUACCUUUCCCUAAUGUCGAUUACACUUUUUAAUAAUUAACAAUUGAAAACCUAUCCCAUUUUAUCUAAAUAUGUAUUGUAAAUCUAGUGUUGUAGAAAUAAAAUCACUUGUAUGUAAAAAAAAA